AUGACCGGGCACUCCACCGGACCCUGGGUUCCGGCCAGGCACUACCUCACGCGGGCAGUCCUCAAGGGACGGGGCGAAUGGAUGCGUAUUCCUGCCAUCACUUCAUCGGCGGCGCAGACAUCGCGAGGUUCACAGAGGCAACACAGGAAAGGGGAACGCCAAGGGAAAGGCAAGUUCAAUCUAUAUGUUGAAACGAGAUCUGUGGGAUUAGAAGAUAUGAUGCCAAUUAAGAAUAGGAAGACGAGCUUAGGCCGACAAAAGAUCGAGAUUAAGCGGAUCGAGAGAGAGGAGGCACGUCAAGUGUGCUUCUCCAAGCGCCGGGCCGGACUCUUCAAAAAGGCCAACGAGCUCUCCGUCCUCUGUGGGGCUAACCUUGCCGUCGUUGUCUUCUCCCCCGCCGGCAAACCCUUCUCCUUUGGCCACCCCUCGGUCGACUCUGUGCUUGACCGCUUCGUCUCCCCGUCGGCUGACCCUACUCCUCCUCCUCCUCCCUCGUUCCACGACGCCCGAGCGAUGACCGCCGCCACCUCGAUAGUCCCCGAGCUCGACCGACAGUACGCGGAGCUGGCCGAGCGGUUGGAGGGAGAGCGGCGGAGGAAGGAGGCGCUGGAGGCCGCGCUUCGAGCGCAAAGGGGUGACUUCGCCAGGCUCAUGCAGUCCAGUGUGGAGGAGCUGGGUGUGGCGGAGUUGGAGAGACUGCAGGCCGCGCUAGAUAGGCUGCGCUGGGACGCAGCGAGGAGGGUGGACCAGCUAUUGAUCGAGGCGCAGACCAGGAGCCUAAUUUUGGCCGGCGAUGUUGGCAGUGUCAGCGGCGGAGCAUAUCUUGGAGGAGGAUUCAUUGCUGCUGCGGCGCCGCCACCUCAGGGGGGCAAUAAUAUUGAUAUGCCGGUGAUUCCUGCGCCGGGUCAGGCUCCGGCUGACUUUGAUUAUGGCUACGGGAUCUUCUAG